AUGGAAAGACAAUUCGUAGACGUUUCUUCAAGAAAGGCGCAACGGGAAGAGAUGAAGGAGGAGGAGGAGGAAUCCGUUGAUAAAGAGGAAUACUUGGCAGGCAAGCAAGUCUCAGUCGAAUCGGACGAACUUGAGAAGAGUUGUUUGACAGAAGAAGAAGAAGAAGAUGAGUAUUUGUCUGAUCAGAACAGUCGGAAGAGGACAAGGGAAGCUGAUACGACUUGUGAACCAAACAAGAUACCUAAGCUUAAUAAUCCGCCAAGACAAGAAUCUGAUCCGUGCGAUGCUUUGUUGCUUGAUGACUGGCUUUUUGGUACCGUUAAUCAGCAAAAGAAGCCUGCUGCUAUCAAGAAUGAUGUUGAAGACAUGAAAUUGCAGAUAUCAGGAUCGCCUUUUGUCUAUUUUCCCAGGGCUCAGUUUUUGUCUCAAGUCGGAAUUUUUGCAUUACCAUAUACAGUCCUGUUUUAG